GGAAUUAUUUGAGAGUUACACAGGAACUUCAAUUGUAUGCAAAAGCUACAUCCCGGAAAUUGCUGAUAAAGAAAUAUUCUGUCUUUUUCCUACUUUAUUGGUUGUAAUUCUUGCAUUUAUUCGCGUGUGUUAAAGCAACAAAAAAGCCACAAUGCUGAUUAAAGUGAAGACUCUGACUGGGAAAGAAAUAGAAAUAGACAUCGAGCCCACAGACAAGGUGGAGAGAAUAAAAGAAAGAGUGGAGGAAAAGGAGGGAAUUCCACCCCAGCAACAGCGACUCAUCUACAGUGGAAAACAGAUGAACGAUGAGAAAACAGCAGCAGAUUAUAAAAUCCAGGGUGGAUCUGUAUUGCAUCUGGUCCUUGCAUUAAGAGGAGGGCGAAUGCACCAACACCCCAACAACCUUCUGCAGGCUUUAUAAACACCUGCCCUGCCUUCAGCAGAACACGUGACCUGGCAGCCUCAACACACAUGCCACGCUUCCCUAAACCAUCACCUCACCCAAACUCCACAGUGGCGACUCCGCUGGCUGUUGUGUAAAAAAAAGUCUCUAUGUUACGUAGCAAACUACAGCAUCUUCCUGUCCUUAUCCCUUUUCCCAUAAUUUAUCCUUCUUAGAGAACUGUCACGCUUGGUUUGUUAAGUUUAGAGAUCGAUGCCGAAAAUAUCAUUAUUAAAGUGAAACUGAUGCAAUCGGAUUAGCAGUUAAUAAAACACAGUAUUGA